UAUACAUUGGUUAGCUUAGUAAAUCUGUUUUUCUGGCAGAAGUUCCUCUUGAUACAACUAUUUAAAUGGCACUCUCUGGGCCAUAAAGCAAUUCUGAAGGGGGCAGCCUCCACUAAAGGCACAAAGAUGGAUCAAGGACUGAAAAUCUUCACUCUGCUGAACUUGUGCAUAAUGGCUCAGACCAGAAAGGACUCUCUGAUCAUCCAUACUCUGUACACCAAUGUCACGGUACCUACCUAUCAGCUUGGAACCACUGAGAUUGUAUCCUCACCAGUGCAGAUGACCCAGAAAUAUCCACUUCUAGUUGCCAUUACAGCUAAGAAGAACGCAUCUCUAUGCCAUACUCCUACCGAGACUGGCUCAGAAAGGGCAACCACCUCCUGCCCUGAUCCACAUCUGACCAUUUUUAUAAAGGGGACCACAAAUUAUGGGAUAACACACAUGUACAACAUCCACGUCAUUGGAGGACUUUGGUUGACAAUAAAUGUUGGAAUAGGUUUAUCUUUCAGUACUGUGGCAUUUGUGGCAGAAAAAGAUACCGCCAAACUAUAUCUCGAUUAUAAUUAUGAGAGCAAAUCAACCAAUAUAAAAGGUCUAAAAAAAAGUGGCAAUGCUACAGUCACUUCUGUUAUUCUUCAGACUGCCACUGUUCAGAAAAGACCUUCUGAGGCACAGAAUCGCAUGGUGCUGAGUGGAGAACCCGCACUGCGUGCUGGAGCAAUAUGGGGAAUCAUUCCACUGCUUCUGAUCACAUCACUGCUCAACUGAAGCUGACAAUAGUCUUUCUUAUUACUUCAUCACAUUCACUACAAUCAAAAGAUACAUUCUGAUUAACAUAUCUCUAUAUUGCAACCAUUAUUUUUAUACCUUAUUUCUUUUGCAUGAUUGAAAAAUUAAACACUUCUGUGCAUUA